AUUGUUUGAUAUGUCACUGAUAGUAUCCAAACGUCAUUACGAUUGUUUUUAUUAAAAUUUAUUAUAUUUUUGGUCACAAAUAAUGUUCGAUUUAAGUGCUAUAAAGAAUGUAUUUCUUAUAGUGUUUGUGAUAAGUAAAACUUAUGCAGUAACAGUUCAAAAAGAUAUCAAUUUAAAAGAAAAUGAAAAUUCUCAUUUGGAAGUGAGAGCUGUUAUGAUCAAGUGUAAAAUACGAGAAACCGCGAGUGAUGGAGCCGAGACCGACAUUAUUAGAUUUCAAAGGGAAGAAUUAUUUAAACAUAAUGCAUUGAGUGAUUGCAAACAAAAACUCACUGUUACCGUUAAAGCGUGUAGUGAACCCGGUCAAGACUCAGGAGAUGAAUAUAUACCUAUCGAGCAUGUUCUUGGAGCUAAUAGAAAACGUAUACGCCUGCUUCAUCCUUACGUAUUAAGGUUACAGAGACAACUGCCCUUCCAAGUUUACAAACUACGAAGAAUAGAUACUGUUACCGGCAUUAUUGGCGUACCUAUAGAUAAAUUGGUGUACAGUAAUAGCAGUAAACGUUUACAACGAGACGCAAAGUCGAUUAAUUUUGACGAAACCUCCACCUCUGGUGUUGAAUUGUUUAAUACUUUCGAUCACGCCAAUAAAAAACCCAGUUUUUCUAUUAGAGUACGAGAGCCUAAGAAUUUUAGUAGAACAAGAGCUAAAUACAAUUUCUCUACUACUACUUGUGGUGAAACGGUUAUUUACCAUCAAAUAAAUGAAUCAUUAGUAAAACGGUUCAAACGUAAAGCAAAGAAUCGUAAGAAAGAAUUUCUAGAUAAAUGGAACGCUAAAGAAAGCAGUAAUGUUAAUAUAGAAAAAGAUAUAAAUUUUGAUGAAGAACAUUUCAAUACAAAUAACUUAAAUGAUGAAGAGAUGAAUCACAAAAAAAUUCAAACAUCAGACAUUAAAAAAUCGUCUUAUUUUGAUUCCUCUGAAACAAUUGAUCAAGAAAAGGAACCUGUGGCUGAGGGAGCUGUAUUAAAAAAUGAACAAUCUGACAAUGUUAAUGGUGGAACAAAAAUGUUUGCUCUUUUCGAAAUAGGCGAUCCCGACUUGUACUACAACGCGCGCGUUCAACUUUUUGAAAAGUUGAGCACACCGGAGGGUAAGACGGUUUGGAACGACUUAACAAUGGACGAAAUCGCACGUGUGAGUUCUCUCCAUCCGGAGUGGUCGGAUCGUGAUAUAAAUGUUAGAUACAAGCCAAUCAACUGGCUUCCGAGAGAAAAAUUUACAUUACCACAUAAAAGACUGUCCCUUGUUGUGCCGCUGAGAAUGGAUAGUGAUAAUCCGAUCUUCGAUAAACACGGAGAUUUUGUUAUUGUGCCUAAUAGCGAUAUUAUAACUGUUAGGGAUGCUAGAUCAUUAAAGAGAAGAGAUAAACCUAAUAACUUAACUGAGACAUCGACACAAGAAAGUACAGUAAAGCUGAAACGUCAGGUCGUCGUGAGGGUUUCGAGGGCAUUGAUGGCAGGAAGUGCAGCGCGUCUUAAAAUUAUUGCUCGUGGUACCGAUCAUUUUUUAAAAUUGCCCCAUACGAGACGUCAUCACGCGCAGAUUGAUAUAGAAGGAAGGGCGGAUAAUAAUGAACUCGUGCUUGUAGGUGCUUUCGGACGUCUCACAACCAUUGUUUCGGACACAACUAGAAAGUCCCGUUCAAUAUUAACAAUUCAAGCCACAAACACGGGAUUAGCUGCUGCGCGUUUUCGAGUCGUAACACGAGAAUGCAAUCCUGAGUUAUCAAACCAAGAUUUGGAGAAAAACGAAAAUACAAUAGGUCCUAUUUUAUUAGCUCCGAGACAUUCGGGAACGUUCCGUCUUAAUAUCCCUAUAGAAAAUGCUAUAGAAAGCGCACACUGUGUGGUGUCUUUGGUCAAUCAAGACGAUGAAUCAGUUGCAAUUCGAAAUGUUAGGAUCAUAAGAGACGAUCGUUGCUUUUGCGUGUGGCAUUGUGAUUGCGUUUGUUUAAGUGAAGAUCCAAAAUUGUUAUGUCGCGAGUUAUCUGAAGCUCAAAUAGCGGCCGCGGGUCUGUCUGUUAAAGACCGUUCUCGUCACGCUCGUUCUGUGUGCUAUCCUGAUAUCAUUACGGUUAACUUAUUUGUGACCUUUGUUGGCGUCCUGUUGGCCUUAUUGCUUUUGGGGCUCGUUAAAGCUGUCCUUGGUUUAAUAUUACCGUGUGUGGGUUCGAACGGCCUUUACCGCCUAUUCCAAAAGCCGCGGAAGUUAGACCACUAUUAUGAGAGCUCCCUUCGAGCUCGAGAAGUUAUUUACGAUGCGGACGGAUGGCCGGUCCAUCCUGACUCUAAACAACGGAACGUAAGACUCGUGAGCCUUCCCAUGGAGUUCAUCUUAAAUCUUAUAUUCUUUAUUAUCCUACCUUGUAUAAUGAUUUGGGAAGCUCUCAGUAAGUUGACGUCACGGCUUAGAGAGAGACACGACACAAUGAACGAUCGUGGACAGAGCGAUGACAUUAAGAAAUGUUUUAGCACUCAAGAUGUCCAGAGCGGGAGGCAUCGUCUGCGCCGCCGUCGUGACAUGCUGCAACGGUGGAUGACGCCACACGCGGAACAACUCUCCACUGACAUUUGGAAGGACGAGUUGACGCCCCCGGGAUCUACUCCGAGUGACUCCCCUCUCCUUAUCGGGAAAAAUUGCUGUUCCACAAACAAAGAACCGGCGAUUUCUUCGGAUUCUGACCAAGAAGAUACUGAAUAUGUUUUGAUGCAAAUGCAAAAGAGUAGGGAGUCCCUUGCGAGAUGUCAACAAAGUCAUCCAGAGGGACAAACUACAUUCAAGUGGAAUAAAAAUAUUGGAUACGGUAAUAAAAAGUGACCAAAAUAGAAAUAUUAAAAGAUAAACUGUAUUUAUAUCUAGAUGAUUAGAAAAUAUUCAAUAAAGCCUCCCUUGACAUA